AACUUUCAGUGUAUUCUCGUUGUCGAUGUUCAUCGACAAAAGUCUAAUUUAAGUGACGUUUCUGUGUGAGAUUUGUCGAUACCGUUGAACUAAUCGAGAGCAGUUCAAAAAGUGAAAUAUGGAGGUGAAACGAGUACGAGUAACUAACCGAAAGCAGUUUAACUUGCUCGUUACCCAAAUGGAGGCUCAACCGGCGGUGGCCAGGGGCUUAAAAUUCUGCGAAGCGUCCGGAAUAAACCGCAAUUCAUACGACGAUAUGUGGAGAGAUCUCACCGUUCGCCUCAACAGUCUGGGACCGCCGACUCGCACGGAAAAGGACUGGCAAAAGGUUUGGACUGAUUACAAAAACAGUAUAAAAAAAAAGUUGGCGCAUAAUAAACGCGAAGCCAAUGCUACGGGUGGCGGACCGAAUGCAAUGAAAAUUUUGUCGCCAAUGGAAGAAGUGGUAGUUAAAUUAUUAUCCUUGGACAAAAUGAUUAAUCAUGCUGGUACUUCAUAUGGCCUGCCUCGCCGUGAGUCUCCGCAAGCAAGGUCACCACCAACAUCACAACCAGAGCGCCAUCAGCAUUCAACUUUUGGAUCGCCACUGCUUAGCAGUACUUUACAGGGGCAUCUUCCGAACAACGAAGUCGAAGAAGCAGAAGAAACAGUGGAUAUUGAGAAAACUGUUAAUCGUUCAUCGAAACGCAAGCGGCGGAAUACAGAUACCAGAGAUGAUCGUCUGGACUUACUGGUUGAGCAAACGGAAAAUAUAAAAAAAAAAAUUGAACAUACGGGGGAAAUAGCUCGCUACGCGCGGAAAAGUUAUAAGUUGAGAGAAGACGAAGCCAGACAACGCAUCGAAAGUGAGCUAAGGAAAGAGAAAGCCAGAAAGGAUGAGCUUGAAUACAAUAAGCAGCUAUUGGAAUAUAAGAAGAGAAAACUGGACAUUCUGGAACGUAUGAAUAAGAAGAAGUAAUUUGAAUU